CAGGGAUAUGGUGGCGGCCAUGUUGCUGCGACCUCUCCAACCACAACAUCCGCAUCAAGCACUUCAGGUGCUCCUCACAUGGGCGGUCAUGGGAGUGGUGGCGGGAGUAGUGGUGGUGGCGGAGGUGGCGGCGGGGGCGGUGGCGGAGGUGGUAGCGGAGGAAGUGGAGGAGCAGGCUACUCAGCCUCAUCUCCAUCAGCUCACUCUCACUCCAGCUACGGCGAGCAACUUUCGCGUACCAAUCUAUACAUCCGGGGCCUCAGUCCUGACACAACUGACCGCAACCUUGUUGAGAUGUGCCAAAAAUAUGGUAACAUCAUAUCAACUAAAGCUAUCCUUGACAAGAACACUAACAAAUGCAAGGGUAAGUUUUGAUAAUAUAGAGGAACUUGUAUCUGUAUUAUUGUU